CAGGUCGGUGGCGUGGUAGACCUGCUAGCAGACGCUACACAAAUCAAAACAAUGUGUGUUCGUUCGUGUGUGAUGAUUUAAAUAUUGUUUAUGUCUUAAUAAAAGAAGUGAAUUAACCAGUUCACCAUGUUGAAGUGUGUUUGCAAUAAUUUACGCCAUGUAGGUUUUAAGAAUACAAGGCGGAAAUACGCGGACUAUAAAAUAAAGAGAAUCGAGCCUUUUUUAGCUCCUAACUCGGAAAUUGAGGAAAUCAAUUUCGAGACGCAAGAAGAGGCCCUCAAGGAUGCCGUUGCUCCUUUGUGGAGAGUCCCAUACAGCGAACAAUUGGCAAUGAAGGAUCAGUGGAUUUCCUACGCAGUUUCACAGUACUUCUCAGUUAUGAAUGAACACCUGAAUAAAAACCCUAAAUUGAAGGUCCCUACGCCCACUAUCGCCAAAAUUGUUCCCUCUCCCGUUAUUCAUCAUUAUAGAAAUAAGGAUGUAUAUAUGGUGCGGUCUGGUGUUGAUGGAAAUCCCAAAACAGUUGGCCAUAUUAUUGGCCGGCCCUCACAGGGAAAAUAUGUUUGUGUGCCUCCUGUAGAUAUUAUAAGUAAUCCACGUCACAUUGAAGUAGCAAAGGCUUUUCAAGAUUAUAUUCGCUCUUCCUCACUUCCCGCUUGUCAUAACUUUAACGAGGGAGGGAACUGGACUCAACUCCUGGUCCGUAGCAAUGCAGCCGGAGAAGUUAUGGCAUUGGUCAAAAUUCAUCCACAACAACUUACCCAGGCGGAAAUUUCUGAUGAGUGUGAUAAACUCCGAGAGUUUUUCACUCAUGGUCCUGGUUCAGUUUGCCAACUUUCUUCACUUUAUUUCCAGUCAAGCCCAUUUUCUAAUGCUUCUGGAAAACUAGCACCAUACCAGCUUCUUUCUGGUAGCAAACAUCUAGUAGAAAAAUUAAGCGGACGGGAGUUCUCCCUUUCACCAAGCUCAUUUUUUCAAUGCAACAUAAAAAUGGCUGAAAUAAUGUAUGACAAAAUAAUGUCUACUGCUGGUUUGUCUCAAGCAACAUCUCUUCUUGAUCUAGGAUGUGGAAUAGGUACUAUUUCAAUUCUUGCAACCCCGUUUGUAAGAGGGACAGUUGGGAUUGACAUGAGUGAGGAGGCUAUAGAAGAUGCUAAGUAUAAUGCAGCUUCUAACAGUAUUUAUUCUGCAAACUUUGUGGCAGGAUCUAUAGAAAAGAAAAUAAGGCUUGCUCUGAAGUGGUUGGAACCAUCUACAGAAAUUGUGGCAGUGUUGAAUCCUGGUAGAUGUGGUGUUGAAGUGUCUGUGAUGAAAGUACUAAGAGAGACACCCCAGAUUUCAAAAGUAAUAUAUGUGGCUUGCCAACCUGAUCACGAAUGGGUCAUUCGUAAUGUGCUAGCACUGAUUAAGCCAGUGAACAAGAAAUUGAAGGGGACUCCUUUUAAAUUUAGAUCUGUUGUUCCUGUUGAUAUGUUUCCUCAAACAGCACAUAGUGAAUUGAUUAUGAAAUUUCAAAGAUGAUAGUUAGAAAAAAUUUAUGUACGUAAUUUGUAGAGGAUUUGGUUUUAUUUUUAUAAAUUGUUGAAACACA